GUAGCUGAUAUAUGACUGAAAGAAAAACAGAUGAGGAAGAGAGAGGGGAGAAACAAUCUUGCCCAGAUAAGGAGACAAUAGGAAUAAAUAAGUGAAUCCCAGAGGGAAAUGAUCCCAAGGCCUGAAAAACUCAGUUAUUUCUGGAGAAUAUAAUUUUAAUAGGUUACUCAAAAUAUACCCAACCACAAGUGGGUUUCAUUGUAUCACACCACCAUUACCUUUCACUGUGUGUUAGCCUGAACUCUUGUAAAAUUCAACUCUGGAAGGAGCGAGAAAAUUACCAGAACCAGACUGAAUCAAGUAACUAUUCUACUAAAAAUAAAGACCAGAAAUAAAAGUCUUUGAUCCACUUCCCGCAGGUAGGGGCUGGGUAACUGAAGGAAAGAGUAAUUGUGUAAUUCGCCCUACUUCAAAGUUCACAGACUCUCAUUAGAAUCAGAAGCAUGACCUUGGGUCAGGUUUUCACUUAGUUUAAUACACACCUCCCUUGCACCCCACCUCAACUGACAACGGUCAAGAAAAAACGUGUAGUGAGAUUUUUAAAUCUCCGUUAAGUGGACAGUUUAAGAGUUGCAACAGUUCAGGUAAGGUCUGUGAAAGGUCCCGCCCAGGUGGGAAAAAAAAAAACAACCGGGAGUUAGGCAAACAAACAAAGGCAGAUUAAUUAGUCUUUGCUGUGUCCACUUUCGGGAAGGGACAGAAAGCGAAAAGUAUUUUAGCCCCAGGAAGGACGGGGAAAGGGCAGAGUCACAAAACGUGGGUGGGAAAGGGAUCCCAGGACCCAACAGGUGGGUUCCGACGUCUCCCGCCACGCCCGCCCCAAACCCAGCCGGCGUGGGAAGCGCGAGAACGCACUACAAGUCCCAGAAGUCCCCGCGAGGACGCGCAACGCCCGCCGGGAGCCGACCUGAGCGGCCAAGAUGUCGCAGCCCAAGAAAAGAAAGCUGGAGUCGGGGGGCGGCUGCGAAGGAGGGGAGGGAACUGAGGAGGAAGAUGGCGGAGAGCAGGAGGCGACCCUGGCGCGACCCCGGAGGACCAAGCGGGAGCGCGACCGUCUGUACUACGAGUGCUACUCGGACGUAUCCGUCCACGAGGAGAUGAUCGCCGACCGCGUCCGCACCGACGCCUACCGCCUGGCCAUCCUGCGGAACUGGGCAGCGCUGCGGGGCAAGACGGUGCUGGACGUGGGCGCGGGCACCGGCAUUCUUAGCAUCUUCUGUGCCCAGGCCGGCGCCCGGCGCGUCUACGCGGUGGAGGCCAGUGCCAUCUGGCAGCAGGCCCGCGAGGUGGUGCGGCUCAACGGGCUGGAGGACCGGGUGCACGUCCUGCCGGGGCCGGUGGAGACGGUGGAGUUGCCGGAGCAGGUAGACGCCAUCGUGAGCGAGUGGAUGGGCUAUGGCCUCCUGCACGAGUCCAUGCUGAGCUCCGUGCUUCACGCGCGGACCAAGUGGCUGAAGGAGGGCGGUCUCCUCCUGCCUGCUUCCGCCGAGCUCUUCGUGGCGCCCAUCAGCGAUCAGAUGCUGGAGUUGCGCCUGGGCUUCUGGAGCCAGGUGAAACAGAACUACGGUGUGGACAUGAGCUGCCUGGAGAGCUUCGCCACGCGCUGCCUCAUGGGCCGCUCGGAGAUCAUGGUGGAGAGCCUGUCGGGCGAGGAUGUGCUGGCCCGGCCGCAGCGCUUUGCUCAGCUCGAUCUGUCCCGCGCGGGCCUGGAGCAGGAGCUAGAAGCCGGGGUGGGCGGGCGCUUCCGCUUCAGUUGCUACGGCUCGGCGCCCAUGCACGGCUUUGCCGUCUGGUUCCAGGUGACCUUCCCCGGAGGGGACUCGGAGAAACCCCUGGUGCUGUCCACCUCGCCUUUCCACCCGGUCACGCACUGGAAGCAGGCACUCCUCUACCUGAACGAGCCUGUGCAAGUGGAGCAAGAUACGGACAUUUCCGGAGAGAUCACGCUGCUGCCCUCUCGGGAUGACCACCGGCUCCUGCGCGUGCAGCUGCGCUACAGAGUGGGAGACCAGGAGGAAAAGACCAAAGACUUUGCCAUGGAGGAGUUUUGUUUGACAGCGUCCGCAUGGCUGUGUAUGAAGAGUGAUGUAUGACACCGAAGCCCAGAUGACCCAGAGGAAGGCCAAGGUCUUUGGAAUGAAGACACUUCUAGAGGAAUGAGAAUGUGAGAUGCUCCGACAUCUAUCCUGGUGCUGACCAAUCCCUGUAGAAACUGGUACCGAUUACUUAGUGUCCUUGAGACCACUGGAAGAACUGUCACCCUGAGGAAAGAAAAGCAUGGUGAAAUUCUACCUGCUUUCCUCUAAUAGCUUACAUUUGUUUAGCACUGUGAAAUUUUCCAAAUAUUUCCAUUAACUCACUAAGCCAAUGGACAUUUUACUGAGUAUACAAUCUAACAUCAUUGUGAUAAGCACUUAAGAUAUAAACCAAUAAAAUAUAGUUGCAGAUUCCAAAAAGAUAUAUUCAUAUUAUAAACCAGAAAGUAAAGUAAAUGAUAAUGGACUGAAAAACGGGGUUGGUGGAGGUAUUAGAGAGGAUAGGUCAUUUUCUUCGCUUUAUACUACCAAAAAAACAUUUACACAGAGAGGGAUUAGGCUGAGGUUAUAUAUCUAAUUUUUGGCAAUUAAGCACAAGUCUUUCAAUUCCUAACCCCAAACAAAAAUGUAUUUAUUAUCUUAUUCUUGCAUGCUUUAAUUUUAAAAACAAUUACAUGCCUCUGGAAUGCAUGAAGCAGUGUUUAAAUGAAUGAUGGAAACAUGGAACAGUUAAACAAAUUUUCAUCGCAGAUCUGUCUCAUAGACCUUGAAGAACCACUUCCAGUAUACACAUCUUAAGGUUGACAAAUAUUAGACAUUCACUGAAAACCUCUCUGAACCCUUUUCCUAAGAGCUGAUCAAAUGUGAUGUCUUUCUGAAGCCUCCCAGGAAACUGAAUCCUGAAAAAAUUAGCAAAGGUAGGUAAUUGCCUUCAUGGCUAUUGGUUCUUGGUGUGGAAGAGCAGAGGCAUUCAUUUAAUUCUUUAAUGAACACCUCUAACAAGCACUAUGAUUAAAAGCCAAUCCUACCCUCAAAGAGUUAGGAUACAGUAAGGAAACAAAAUCACUAUACCAGUAAUUUGCAUACAUUAUUUAGCCUAGGAACACUUUAUUCCACUUUUCCAAUUCAGUCAUAUCUUUGCUAAAACAAAGGAUGAUGAGGAGCCAGCCAUCAUCAAUUCCAUCCUUAAAAUUUCUCCCAAGUGCAAAAAUACUGUCACAUACAUAGAUCCUCCCAGAAACAUCCUCUGAUGUUAAUUCAUAAAUCUAUGUCCUGUAAAUUGCCGUUUAUUUCAGCUAAUGGACAUAGUAUUUUAGGUAGAUGACCCUCCUUGUAUUAGCUAUUUGAAGCUGAAUCAAAUUUAUGGGUCACUUGUGUGUUUACUAAGUAUAUAUCUGGCUCUAUUUGCAUACCGAGUUUUUUUUUUUUCUUGAUUGAUCCUUCUCAAUUAUGAUGAAUAUUACAUGUCUUGUUGGAAUUUAUGUAGCUUUUUGCUCUUCAAAUACUUUUGGUAUUAAAAUGUUUGCUGAAAUACCUGCAAGGUUACUUUCCGUAAUACCUUCAAAAGUUCUGCAGGAGUUGAGGACAGUUAGGUGUUUUCCAGAGCCAGACAGCUUUAGCAAACAUCUUGGUGCGAAAAAGACCUGAAGACAGUAAGCGAAGCAAAUAAAGAUUAGGAUCCCUGUUCAUACAUUUUGCCAACCUCAUAUUUAGAGGUCUUAGAUUUAAAAGUCGUGGGCUCAAAAUAAAAAAUACAUUUUUGAUUGAUUAAAAACAAUUGCUUUUUAUAAUAUAUGACUUUGCCCUUAAUGCCAGGCUAUCAUUUCAUAGAGUUAAACUUAGUACCUGAACUUUGUCUAGGCGAGCAAUGCUGGGGGACUAUCUAGAGAGAAGGAAGGGGAUACUUUCAAGUUGCCAUGAGAGUGUUGCCACUGGCCCAGACCACCAUUAGGGGUCUAUGCAGGAUUUCCCGGAAUACAGAGACUGGACAAACAGCUAGGAAGGACACCUCCAGGGCAGAAGGCCCACCCCAACCCACUUCUCAGCAGAUUAUCAACCCACAGAGGCCAACUUCCCCCAUCAUGAAAAAAACCUGAGAAAGCCAGUUCUAAAGGAGAAUCCCAAAUCCUGGGGCAGACAACAUCUGCCCUUUUGUGGGUUACUCCUCUCAUCAGUGUAUUCGAUAAACCUACCGUUUUCUGUUCUCUACUCAGCCUCUGGUGAAUUCUUUCACCGCAUGUCUCCAACUUGCACCUAGUGUUAAACCACCACUCUUAACCUCUCUUCCAACCUAAUUUCCAAACCUGUUCAAAGAUUCUUAUAUGUAAGGAUUUAUUAAUCUCAAAUUCAUGAAUAAAAUUUCCAAGUUCCAUUGUCCCAAGUAUGUGCAAUUUCAGAAUAGAUAGUAUGGAGUGGGGGUGACAUUAGGCCUUAAAAAAAAAAUGCAGCUUUGCUCCUGAUAAAAUUAGUAUAUUUGAGAAUGACUUGUAGCAUUUAAGCAUAUGUGAUGAUGGAGAAAGGAUUAAGAUCCACAAACAGUUAAUAUUUAUGCACUCAUUGCAAUCAAGCCAUUUAUGAGGAAUUUCUAUUAAAAUACCAAGGUGUUUAUUUUAAUGUGAACCUCUGCUAUUAUUAUUUAUCAACUGGUGAAUGACACAAAAAUAGGAAACAUUUAAAUGGUUACAAUAUACAAAAAAAAAGAAUUAAAAAGAGGAUUUGGAAAAUCCACAGAUUAAAUAUAGUCCCUGCAUAAUUGAGAAUUUACUCUAGUCAGGAUAAUUAGGGGAAAACAGAGAGAAUGACAGCAAUUACAACAAGCAAAUUUUAAUAUGAAAUAAAAUUAGAAAUACUACCAGGAAAAGUGCCAUUUGUAAUAAAUAAAAUUCUAGCUAGCUUUCUUUACUUGAACCCUAAAUGGAGAUUAUAGAACCUAGACAUUAUUAUAAGAUAAAUUCACAUAUAAAUUAAUUUCAUGUAAAUCUAUAGAAGUAAAUCCAAGAAAAAUGGGCUUCAGGAUAACACAUUAUCCAAAUAGGAGAUAAAGCAGUUGAGUUACUCUAACAAAGUUCUUAACAGCAAAACUAGACCAAUGAAGGAUGUGGUGAUUACACCAGCCCAUAAAUAGGGAUGUUACUUAAGACAUUAAAAUGGUAUACAUAAUAGUCAGAGCUAAAAAAUUGAUGUGUUUUUAGAGAGAUACAGUUUUUUAUUUUUUGAUUCAUUUUCCGAUUUAUAUUAUGACAUGAUAUUCUUAGGUUUGAUUAGUGAAAAUAGCAUUUGCUGAAACUAAGCUAAAUGAUAUUCUAAUGUACCAGCUACUUCUCGUCAUGUGGAACGUUUUUAUACAAAAAUGGUAUAUUCAUCAUACUGUGCAAAGUCCGUUAAGUCAAUGAUUGUUUACUUAUGAGUUAUACAUAAUAAAAUAUUGUUCUGUAAAGAGCAGCUUUUAUCCUAAGGAAGACUUCGUAUCUAUUAGAUAUUUCAAUCUAGGGAAACUCCUCCUCCUGUUAGAAAUGUAACAGUAUAUAUAAAGACAGAGUGGCAAUACUUACAUAAAAGCAAUGUUGUUAUUUUUUAAAAGCCAUUGAAUGCUUAAUGUGCUAGAUGCACUUUAAGUACAUUAUCUUAAUUUUUGAAAAUGGUCCCAUGGGUGACAAAGACAUGAAGGAGUUUGUUGAAUUGUCCAAGGGCCCCAUGAGAGUGAGCGCAGAGCCUGACGCCUCCUGCACUACUUUCCCUGCCCAGGAUGCCUGGGCUGUCUGGAGUUAGGGUGGCAUCUCUUUGCACCGAAAACAGACUGGCCGUUGUGUUAGGCAGGAUCCCCAGAAACAGACCUUCACACAAGUAUACAUGUAAAUGUGUUUAUCAGGCAGGUGAGACUGAGAAGGGAAGGAGACCAGGCUCAGUAGUAAAAGUGGUAUCAAACCAAGUGUUAAGGUAGGGAAUUUGGCUCAGUCCUGCAGAGACACUUAAGGAGACAGCAUAGUUCCUAAUUCUGAAUGUCUCCGAUUAGGUAAGCGGGGCUCUGCACUUACCUUAGCCAUCAGACUCGGGUUAGUGGCUGCCCAGGGAAGGCAAAUUUCUAGGACUCUCCAGCUCUCACCUGGGCAGACACAGCAAUUUCCAUGGUCUAUGGACAGCACCCCCUAGGUGAGCCUUGCAAUGCAGGUUGAAAGCAAAAAUACUGGGGAAGGAGAUACUAUACAAAUAAGUAAAGGAUAGAAAGGGGUGUAAGUGCAACCUGGUAGGCUCCUGCCACUGUCAUGAAGAUGCUUUCCAAGUUCCCUUCCUUGCUGAAUAGUUAGACACAUUUCUCUAUGUCCAUUUUUCACUAGAUUUUUUAAAGUUGCAUGAAUAAAAUACAAAUUUAGUGUUUAGAAAGGAAAAGUUAAUAAUCUAUUCCUCAUAAUUUAGAAUGUCUCCAGCACAAAAACUUAUACAACAUAUUUCUGUAAAUUUUAUUGCAUAAAAAUGUGAAUGUAUUCUCUUACUCUGAAAUACAGUUUUUCCAGGUUAAAAUAGAUAUACUGAAUGGCCUAUGAAGCCAAUGUAUGUGUAUGUGUGUGUAUACAUUAAUCUUAUUAAUAGAAAUAUGAAAAUGUAUAGUAUACAUCACCCAUAAUUUAUUCAACUAGUCUCUAUAGAUAGUGGUUUGCAGUUUUUUAUUACUAAAUUAUACUUAACUUUCUCUUCUUUCAAUUCUCUCUUUAAGUGAUCUGUCAGUCCCACUACUUUAAACAAUGUACUAUCUAAAUGUUAAGGGCUCAUAUAAUUGCUUAAUUGUCAUCUUCACUUGGAUAUAUUAGGUAUCCUAAUAUAGAAAUAAAUCUACACGUACAUAUAAAUAUAAGGCAAAGAAGACACACAGGUGUCCAACAGGUACAUGAAGAACGCCCAUCACUUAGUAUUAGGGAAAUGCAAAUCAAAACCACAAUGAGAUACCAUCUCAAAUCUGUGAGAAUGGUUCAUAUUAAAGUCCAGAAACAAGUGUUGGCGAGGAUGUGGAAAUAAAUCCUCAUGUAUUGUUGGCCGGAAUGCAAACUGUUCCAUUUGCUAUUGAAAGCAAUGUGGAGAUUUCUCAAACUUUUAAAAAUUAAUCUACCAUCCAAUCCAGUAGUUCCACUCCUAGGUAUCUACCUGCAAAAUGCAAAAGUACUAACUCUAAUUAGAAAGGAUAUAUGCACUCCCAUGUUCACCGCAGCACCAUUUAUAAUGGUCAAGUAUGGAAGCAACCUAGUGACAAUCUACUCAGUAAUAAACAAAGAUGAACCCAAUUGUGAUACGGGUGGAACUCAAGGGUAAUAUACUAAGCAAAAUAAGCCAGAGGAGAAAGACAAAUACAGUUUUGUUCAAAUGAGCAAUAUGGAGAAACAAACCAGUCAGACAAAACCAAGCUAAUACAUGAAUAUAAUUUUUGUAUAUAGUUUUAAAGAGUAUAGUCACCCAAUACUCUUUAGCUCUAUAUUUAGCCAGCAGUUGAUGUGCUCCAGGAAGGCAUGGCAGCUGCCCAGAUCAUCUAUGAUAUCAUGGUCAUCAGGAAGUGUUUCUCCCAUGCUUGUUUGUGAGGUUCUAUUUUUGACUUUGAAUGUAUCGAGAAGCAUAGAACAAGUUCUCUGACCUGAAGCACUGAAUCUUAAGUGGGUAAUAAACAUCUCAACUUCUCAUUAUAACACUUCACCCAUUCAAUACCUAAUGAAUUACAUAGAUUAGUGCUAUUGUAGGGGUUUGGCCAUUGCAAGAUGGAAGAACCUGAGAAAGGAGAAUACAACACUAUUUAGCAAAAUGUUGUUAAGAAUGAAAUGGUGGCAACCUAUCAGUGUUUAAAAAAAAAUGUUUUCGAAAGUUCAGAAACUCAAAAACACUCAGAAGACAGAUACAGGAGAUGAGACAAAAUGUCUGAGAAAGAAAAGAAUCUAACAGUGUGACUGGCAAUAUAAACAAAUCUAUCAACAUAUUAAAGUCCAGAAACAAGUGUUUUGAUUCAGAAAUACAUUGGUUCACAUCAGCUUUCUUCCUGUCUAAGUCAAUUCUAAUGCAGUCUUUUUAAUGAUGGGUAAUAAUUAUUUAGAGACAGUCUGACAUUUACUAUUCUCUUAAAUUAAGGGAUUGAUGUUUUGGUUUUUUUCCAGUUAAGAACCAUAAAAGGCAGCAUCAUUUGGGGUGACUAUUCCCUGCUUUGCUUUAUAAUUUCCCUUAUGUAGAUAUCUCUGAAUAAUAAUAAUGUGUUCUUCAAUGUUGCCA